AUGAGUUCGAUUACCAGAGAGAUCCAACCUAUGAUUGAAAGCAAUCCAGACAUGCCAAUUCAUGCAAUCCAAAGUCAACUACUUCGGAAGCAUCAACUAGAAAUAUCACUACAUAAGGUCUUCAGAGCCAAGAGGAUAGCAACUACGAAGAUUUAUGGUGAUUACCAAGAACAGUAUGGUCUGCUAAGGUCAUACUGUUAUGAACUUCUAAAAGCCAACCCAGGUAGUACAAUUAAAAUUGAUGUGGAGCCAUGUGGGAACUCAGCUAGUCCUACAAGGCAGUUUCGAAGGGUUUAUUUUUGUUUUGCCUCUAUGAUGAGAAGAUUUAAGAUGAUUGGAAGACCAUUGUUGGGCGUGGAUGGUUGUUUCAUGAAAGGUCCAUUUCCUGGACAGAUCUUGAGUGCUGUUGGUAUUGAUGGGAACAAUAGCAUAUAUCCAGUUUGUUAUGCCCUUGUUGAGGCAGAAACAACACAAACCUGGAAAUGGUUUUUGCAAUUGUUGAGAGAUGACCUAGGAUGUAUGGCUGACUCUUGUUUCACCUUCAUCAGUGACAGACAAAAGGGUCUGAUUCCUGCUAUGCUAGCUGUUUUUCCUAAUAGUGAGCACAUAUUUUGUUUGAGGCACAUCCAUGAGAACAUGAAAUCCAAGUGGCGUGGAGAUCUUUACAAGAAUUUGCUUUGGAAGUGGGAUUUGACAGGGAUGCCUUGCAAACAUGCAAUUGCAGCCAUAUGGGAUAUGUCAAGGAAUAGCAUUGAUGCUGGCAUACCAGAAGAGUGGGUGGAUGAAGUGUAUUGGUUGUCAAGCUGGAAGUAA